CAGAGACAAUCAAAGAGACAAAAGCAGAGUUUAACUUAAAGAGUCCUGUCCUCCUCAUCAUCACGUCUCUCCCGAACACAAAUUCAAAAGAAGACACAAAUCGACGCCGGAGACUCAUCGGAUGCAUCGACUGCUACUGGAAUCCCACGGCGGCGGGAACGAGACGAGCGGAAGCGGCGGGGGAGAUGGGUACACGAGGGACAUGAACUUCGACGCAAACAUGGUGAUCAUACUUGCGGCUCUUCUCUGCGCGCUGAUACUAGCGCUUGGGCUGAAUUCGAUUCUCCGGUGCGCGAUGCGAUGCGGUUUCGGGUUAUCAUCCUCUGCGGCGGCGGGGACGGUGGCCGACAGAGCUGGAUUAAAGAAGAGAGAACUGAAGAAGUUUCCAGUAGCUGAGUACGGGUCGGGGGAAGUGAAGAUAGCGGCGACGGAGUGCGCAAUCUGUCUGGGGGAAUUCGCGGACGGCGAGAGAGUGCGAGUACUGCCGCCGUGUAAUCACAGUUUCCACAUGUCAUGCAUCGACACGUGGCUUGUCUCUCACUCUUCAUGUCCCAAUUGUCGGCAUUCACUCAUCGAGGUCCACGUGGCGGGGUCUGAGUGAUUUAAUUAUCGUCGCGAGGGUUAGGUUGGCAGUAGUAGUAAUCAUAAUUAGAGUUUAAUGAGUUUAUCAUUAUCGUCAUAAUUAAAUUAAUAAUAUGGGUAGAUAGAUAGAUUAUUUUCUUUAGUCUUCAGUUGUACUUGUAGUAAUCAGAGAUUUAUUCAGUGCGUAUGUUUUAGCAGCAUUUAUUUAUGUAGAACACAACAACAUCAGGAUUGAGGCCGAAUAUAAUUGGGCCUAAUUUCAAUUUAUGUUAGUGGAAAAGCCCAUCUUGGUUUUUGUUUUGCUUAGGUUAUGUAUGACGCUGCCCUAAUUGACAAGUGAGAGUGAAUGAGUGAUGAGUGAUGAGUGAAGAAGAAGAAGAAGAGCAGAGGAGGAGGUUGGGAGUGGGGGUGGUGUGGAAGCUUAAAGUAUGUGUGAGAGCCAAAGGUUUCAGUUUGAAGCUCAAUAUACGGAACAAGCUCUCGCUUCAUCGAUGGUCAAUCCUCUUAAGAUUCCGAAAGCAUCAUCAUCAUCUCAAAUCCAAACCGUCCGAUUGGGUCAGAUUCCGACGGAGUCUUUUUGCUCUCUUCCGUGGACGAAAACAGAGGGAAGUGGAUACGAAGAAGAAACUCAUCAAAUUGGUUAGGAAUCGAGCGGUGGUAGUGGCAAAGAAAGCAAAAGGCGUUGGUGUUGUGGUUACUCUCAUCAUCGUCGUCAUCAAUUUUCUAGUCCCAUGGAUCAACAAGCUGAGCAGCGAAUUAGAUUGUUAUGAAUUGUU